UUUUUGUUAUAUAUAUCAUGUGUGUGUUGCAUUGUUAGAGGAAUGACGUCAAAUCAAAUGUUUUUAGAGUAAACGCUGUAGAUCUUCCAAUAUUCUUGUAACGUUGUCCAACAGAAUCAUUUGCAGCAAUCGGAAACGUUUUGCAGCACAACGAAGUAGUCUGUUACCAAGGUAACAGUGCAUUCUCUGACGCUAUUGGUUACAAUGCUGCCGUAAAGCAAGACGCUGUCAUGGGAGCUACGUAACGCCAACAUGGCGGAGAAGUUUGAUAAUCUAGAGGAACACCUCGAGAAAUUCAUCGAGAACAUUCGUCAACUCGGGAUUAUCGUCAGCGAUUUUCAACCCAGUAGUCAAACGGGACUGAAUCAGAAACUGAAAUUUAUGAUUACUGGAUUACAAGACAUUGAGAAAUGCCGACAACAGCUUCAUGAUAUCAAUGUACCUUUGGAGGUGUUCGAAUACAUUGAUCAGGGCCGUAACCCUCAACUCUAUACCAAGGAGUGUUUGGAGCGAGCGUUGGCUAAAAAUGAACAGGUCAAAGGAAAGAUUGACACCUUGACGAAAUUUAAAAGCCUCCUUAUUUCUGAGCUGGGGAAGGUUUUCCCUGAAGAGAUGGGUAAAUAUAAGGCUAUUCAUGGCGACGACCCUCCUUCAUGAAACGUUUACCAGUGCCAUACAACUUCAAAUACAAGAUGUACAUAUGUUGAUAUUAAUAUAACAUGUUUUUUAAGAUCGAAAUCAUAAGUCAAAUAUGCAAAUUUUUACAGCUUUUUCAUCUUUCUAUUUGCCUUUGUAUUUCACAAGACAAUGGUUGGAGAACUGAGGGAUAUUUUGGAGCAUUCUACAGUGAAAUGCCUUUUUUGUCAUGCAUUGUAAUUUUCGCAGCAUAUUUUUAUUUUCCGUUGAAUAAAAUGAUUAUUUUGUAA